GCUUUCCAGCAAAAGCUACCGCGGCCUGGGCUGCAGCGCUCAGACGAAUGCCAAGGCCACGCGGCAGGCGCGGGGACAGCCGCCGCCGCCGCAGUCGCCGUCCCACGCGGGCUCCGGGUAUCAGGGGUGCUGAUGAAGUGAUUGAGAAGAAACAGUGAACAACUUCUUUUGUACACAGGACACCAUGGAUCAGCCAUUUACUGUGAAUUCUCUGAAAAAGCUAGCUGCAAUGCCUGACCACACAGAUGUUUCUCUAAGCCCAGAAGAGCGGGUCCGUGCCCUGAGCAAGCUGGGCUGUAACAUCACCAUCAAUGAAGACAUCACUCCACGCCGCUACUUCCGAUCGGGGGUAGAGAUGGAGAGGAUGGCGUCUGUGUAUUUGGAAGAGGGGAACUUGGAAAACGCCUUUGUUCUUUAUAACAAAUUUAUAACCUUGUUUGUGGAAAAGCUCCCUAGCCAUCGAGAGUACCAGCAAUGUGCAGUACCCGAAAAGCAGGAUAUUAUGAAGAAACUGAAGGAGAUUGCAUUUCCAAGGACAGAUGAAUUGAAAAAGGACCUUUUAAAGAAAUACAACAUAGAAUACCAAGAAUAUUUGCAAAGCAAAAACAAAUAUAAAGCGGAAAUUCUCAAAAAUCUGGAACAUCAGAGAUUGAUAGAGGCAGAAAGGAAGCGGAUCGCUCAGAUGCGCCAACAACAGCUGGAAUCUGAGCAGUUUCUGUUUUUCGAAGAUCAACUCAAGAAGCAAGAAUUAGCCCGAGGUCAGAUGCGCAGUCAAGCGAGCCCGGCGCUGUCGGAGCAGAUCGAUGGGAGCGCUGUGUCCUGCUUCUCCACGCACCAGAACAAUUCCUUGCUGAAUGUAUUUGCCGACCAACCCAACAAAAGUGAUGCCACCAGUUAUGCUAGCCACUCUCCUCCCUUGAACAGGGCCUUACAGCCGGCUGCUACCCUCAGUGCGGUUCAGGAUUUAGUGGUGGAAGGACUGAGAUGUGUGGUUUUACCAAGAGAUCUUUGCCACCGAUUUCUGCUGCUGGCGGAGGCUAACACAGUGAGAGGGAUAGAGACCUGUGGAAUCCUCUGUGGGAAACUGACGCAUAAUGAGCUUACUAUUACCCACGUCAUCGUGCCAAAGCAGUCUGCGGGACCGGACUACUGCGACAUGGAGAAUGUAGAGGAAUUGUUCCGUGUGCAGGAUCAGCACGACCUUCUCACCUUAGGCUGGAUCCACACUCACCCCACGCAGACGGCAUUCUUAUCCAGUGUGGAUCUUCACACGCACUGUUCCUAUCAGCUCAUGUUGCCAGAGGCUAUCGCCAUUGUGUGUUCACCAAAGCAUAAAGACACUGGUAUCUUCAGACUCACCAAUGCCGGCAUGCUUGAGGUUUCUGCUUGUAAAAAGAAAGGCUUCCAUCCGCACACCAAGGAGCCCAGGCUGUUCAGUAUAUGCAAACAUGUGUUGAUAAAAGACAUAAAAAUAAUCGUGUUGGAUCUGAGGUGAUAUGUUCCGAAUAUAAGCUCCGUCAGCCCCGGACACCUACCUGCCCUUGGAUGUGUGGUUGCCUGAUUUUCUUAAGAUGUUUCCAGAAAUGACUGAUAUUUUAUAUUUAUACAUUUUAGAUCAGAAAGUUUGAUAUUUAUUGCUCUUGCUAUUUUAGACUUUUCUUUUUUGGUUGCUAUCUCAAGAGAGAUUAACGUGAUGUUAAAUCAGUACCUAUUAAUGUACCCAAAUAUUAUGACCCAAUAAUAAAUUGUGCUGCA